AAAGAUUGAUUGAUUGUCAAAAUAGGUAAACAAUACUUUGUCGGCGUCUGAAUUCCACAAAAUCCUCAGAAUACAAACGUAAAAUUUAAUGAUGGAGUCUGCGGGAACAGCAGUAGAAAAACCAGCAAUAAAUCCGAAAAUAACUACGUCGGACAAGAAGGGACGCCACCGUAAAAAGCAUAAGUUCAACGCGAUCCGUGGUCAAAUGGAAUUCUACUUUUCGGAUGCAAAUUUGUCAAAGGAUCGAUAUCUUGGACAAUGUAUCAAAAAUAACCCAUUUAUCCCACUCGAAGAGUUCCUAAAAUUUAAUCGAAUUAAAAAGCUCACUGAUUGCAUCGAGGACAUUGCUACAGCUUUGAAAAAUUCGGACCUUCUGCAACUAUCGGAAGAUCGAAGCAAAGUUCGUCGGGUAACGGAGCUACAGGAACGGGCUAACUGUGAAGAGUGCACGAUCUACGUGGAAAGUCUCCCGCCGAAAGCGGACCACGAUUGGGUGCGAAAUGUUUUCUCGGCAUACGGCAAAGUUGUGUACGUUUCGUUGCCAAAGUUUAAAUACUCGAAGAAGAUAAAAGAGUUUGGAUUCGUUGAGUUUGAGGAACAGUCCAGUGUUGUGAAGGCUCUUAAGACAUUUCAAGCGUUCGGCGGUGUGCUGACCUAUGAGGACACCGAGCCGGACAAGUUGCUCAGCAUCGCAAGCUUCGGUCUGGACAAGGAGAAGCCAUCGCAUGAAGAUAGUGUUGGGGAAAGCGCGAAAAAUGACGCAGAGAAAACUGGACUCACGGACGGGAAAGAGUCAAAAGAUGAAGAUGUCUUGGAGGAACCACCGUCGAAGCGAAUUAAGAUAAAUGAAGCGAAUGAAUUCGGUGCGAAGGACCCUAAAGAAAGCGUCAAUGAAGACACUACCAGCGAGCCUGAUAGUGAAACGGGGGAUGACGAAGGUAAAAAACCUGAAGGAAGUGAGAGCAAGAAAAAGAAGCGGCACAGGAGAGGACCCAGUGCGGUCAAGAAAGAAAUUCAACAAGACGAUAAAGUUUAUGAAUUGAAAAUUAUGCCAAAACAAGAGUGGCGACGGCUUCGAAAUAAGUAUUUGAAUCUACAAAGAGCGGAAGCCAAAAAGCUGAAGAAAAUUUUCAGUGUCAAUAAUCGCUUCAAUAAACCUCAGCAAAAUCGAACACCGAAUCAAACAGUUUCGGCUUCCAAAGCGGUAAAAUCCUCACCCCGUGUCAAUUUCUAUGGCGCUCUGACAGAUGAGGAAGCCGCGGCUGAGGCCACCAAAUUGGAAGAACAAGAUCAGCAGAGCAAGAAACCCUUGUUUUCGUUCGAACCGGGCCUGAUUGUGAACAUUAAAUUCCGCGUUCCGUGCGUCAAUGUAAAGGAUUUCAAAACGGAACUAAAGCAGUAUCCCUAUGUAAAGUAUAUUGAUCUGAAGGAGGGCGACAUGGAUGCCUUCGUUAGAGUGGAUAAAGUCGGUUCAGCAAACCAAUUGCUGAAAGAAUACAGUACGGCAGAAUAUAUUGCGCAGAUUUUGAGUGGCGAAACGGAAAAAAGCUACUGGGACAAAAUUAAACAGGAUCGGGAGGAUAAACUGAGCAAAAAGGUUAAAGUGGAAAGAUUACGCGGUCGUACCAAACUGCUGAAAAAGGUGAACACACAUAUCAAGUUUGAAGAUGAAGAUUGA